AUGUGCGUCUCCUCCGGACACUCUGCCCUUCCCACGGGGCCUGGCGACUACCUGGAGGAGGCCUGGCCUGGUCCCCGCUCCCUUAAGGCCCCUCUGCCAGACCUGGAGCCCAUGUGGCCUCUCUUUGACCUCUGCAGCCCUGGGCCAGCGACAACACGGCCCAGCGGAGUGGUGAUCAUUGCAGUCUGCCCAGCUGACCUGUGGUCACUCGCUGCCCUGUUCCCCUGCAGGAGCUGCCCAGUGAGGACCUCAAAGAGGGUCCUUUCCAGGAGGACCAGAGUCCCCCUGACGGCCCUCCAGUGCAACGUCUCGGUGGAGGACAGCCACCAGGAGCGGACGUUCACACUGUACGACUUCGACACCAGCGGGAAGGUCACCAGGGAGGACAUGUCCAGCCUGAUACACACCAUCUAUGAGGUUGUUGAUGCCUCCAUGAACCACUCUUCAGGCAGCAGCAAGACCCUCUGUGUAAAGCUGACCGUCAGCCCUGAGCCUGUUGGCACAAGGAAGGAGUGUCCUCCUGCCAGCCUGGACCGGGAGCCCACUCGAAGCAGGACAGAUGAGCUGGCUGAGGAUCCCAAGGGGGCCGACAAGAGGCUGUCUGCCCACAUCAGGGGAGCCAGGCACCGGGCGGGCUGUGUCCUGCAGGCCCCUGGACCCUUUCAGGCUGACCCCCGGGACCAAUGUGGGUAUGAGGGGCUGAGCUGUGUGCCAUGGGGCAGAGGGGCCCCAGCCAGGUCUGCCGAGAGAUGGGCAGGUUCUGACUGGCAGCAGUGCUAGGACCAGCACCCUCAGCCGGUGCUCUGGAUCCCUGGGAUCCAUCCACCCUCUGGCAUAGGUGACAGAGCAGUGGCCCUGUGGCCCCAGAGAGGGGACUGGCUGGGAUCCCAGGCACCAUGGCAGGUGGCCAGGGUGCUGGAUGGUGCUCCAUGGCUGGUUGUGGGCCUCGGGUGAGUGGAGACUUCCUUCCUCCUGCUGGCCGGGGUGGAUGCUGGGCAGAGCACCUGAGGCCUCUGCAGUGCCAUCAGAGCAGCGAGGCUGUGGCCACAGGCAGGUCAUCAGGCCCUUGUCUGCUGCACACAGGAGGCCCAGUGGUGACCCUGGCCCCUGCCCUGAACGGGGUCCCUACUGCGUGGAUGAGAACACAGAGCGCAGGAACCACUACCUGGACCUCGCUGAAAGCGAAAACUACACCUCCAGGUUUGGUCCUGGUAGGUCCCAGAGGACACCCCACCCCAGCUCUGUCCCCAGGGGUGCAGAGUCUGGAGCAACCCUGCCCAGGAUCACCCUCCCACCACCACAGCUGCACCUGCGGAGCCAGAGGUCAUGCAGAGUAUGUGUGAGGUGUCCCGGUCCAGCCAGGUGAACGAUCAGGGUUCAGAUCCGGGGGACCCUGUGGGGGGUGACGUUUCAGGACAGAAGGGCAGGGUCACUGAGGAGGGCUGGGCACCAGCAGGCCUGCCCACCAUGUUCCCUGCUGGCCGCAGCCCCUGGCGGCCGUGGGAGUGCUGGGCUGCAGUUGACCGCACCCUGGGCUGGAUCGGAGUGCACAGGCCAAGAGGGCGGGGUGCCCCCUGGUGACAAUGCAGACGCUGCCUCAAGUCUGCUCUGGACCCUCACAGGGCCCCAGCCAGGCCCACAUGGCUGAUGCUGACCUGGCUGGGUCUUUGUCACCGAGCACUUCCACAGUCCAGGGUGUGGGGAGGGUCCCGGCCCCUUCCCUGGGCCUUUUGCUGAGGGGACUCGGCUCUGUCCCUUGAGUGCCCGACAGGCUCAGCCAAAGUUUCGCCCACGGGACCCAGGCUGGCGUGGCAGAGCCGGCCAGGUGCAGGGCGAGCUCCCUGUCUCUGUCCCUGUCCCUUUCCCUGCCUGCUUCAGGGCACAUGGCCAUCUAGGAGCCAACCUGGCCACCAGGCGGCCCUGGAGGGGAGCCGUGGGUGUGACCUGUCCCUGGCCCUACCACACACGGCUCCUGUGAGGGGACACAGAGCCCCCGCGCCACCCGGCCUUACUCAGGCCCACACCUGUCCCACUGCAGGGUCACCCCCAAGCAGGCCCGGCAGGAGCACCCCAGCAGGGCUGCACGCCCCCACAGCCUUCCCACUCCCAGAAGCCCGACUCCCAUGCUGCGCACCACCGCCGCUCCCAGGUAUUGGGUGACCACACUGCGCUGGCCACUGAGCCUGCUGCCCGAGGCCUGGACUCACAGCCCCGGCUGAAGGGGCCAGAGAAGGCGUUCCUCAGGUCCCCCAAAGGCCCUGGGCAGCCGCCUGGGGCAGUGGGCAGUGGGAAGCCUGGCAGAGCCCCGGCUGCCACCUGCCUCAGCCCCACAGCCACAGGCGGCCUCGGCAGAAGGGCAGGGAGGGUCGCUCGUCACUGAAGGCCACGCACAGCCAGCCUGCUGUGGCAGAGCACCAGGUGGUGCGGGACCUGCUUCCUGUGCUGGGUGCUGAGGGCUGCGCAGUACCUGUGGUCCAGUGGCACGAGCACCACCACGAGCCCCCGUCCUAGCGCCCAGCUCCCCUGACAGCGGGCGCCACAGGCCAGGCCGCACCCUGGGGCGUGAAGCAGGAGCCUCUGUGCCCUCGGGAGCUUGGCACCCCCGAGCCGACCCCCUGCUCAGCCUCGGGGCAGAGCAGGGUGCUGCCAGGACAGACCCCAGGAGGGAGGCCUUGCUCCUCCGCGUCCUCCUCGGGGCUGCUAGGGCAGGAGCACUCAGUGCUGCGACAGUGCCCAGCGGGAGGCGGAGCCCCGCUCUGCUCCGUUUGAUCCACAGCGCCCAGGCUGUGGCGGGGAAUCUGCUGUCACGUCCGCUCGAGGGCUUUGGGCUCCUCGCCCAGCUGGGAGAAGACGUGUAUCCCUUAUGAAGUUGGGCUGGGCCAGCUCCACGUGUGCUGUGUCCUAGGUCCCCCUGUGCGUGGCUCCGAGCACAAACGCAGCAUCAGAAGGGCAGCCGUGGAACCGGCUGGUGGGUGGGUAGCCGCAGGUCCCAUUUCUGCACCUCAGGGCCAGGGCAGGGCAGGGCAGGGCAGGGCAGGGCAUGGUCAGCUGACAGACACUGGCAAGGGUGAUGCUCGUGCCUGGGUCAUCCAGGCAAGGGGGCCAGACUCAGGCUCGUGUGCCCGCGGGACGUUCCCCCGUGUCCCCUUCCAUGAGAGCCAGCAGCACAGGAGGCCUUGGCACCAGGACCCAGCAGGGCAUGGCCCAGUGGGUUCCAGAGGUGGGACGCAGCAGGCCCAGGACUGUUUGCCUUUUGCAGUCUGAACAUUAAGCAGACUGAUGGCCAGGUGGGCACUGAAGUGUUCCGCAGGCAUAAUAAACAGGCUGCACUGGUAGCCUGUCUCGCUCUGCCCAAACAGGUGUUCCCGAGCCCUGUGCGCACACCCCAUCUUGUGGCCGCAGGUCACAUGGCUCGAGGGUGUGAGCUGUGAAGAGCAUGCCUGCCGUUGGUUGGUGUGACCCAGCCAGACAAUGCCAUGGCACGGGUGAGGGCUUUUUCACUGUGCUGCCCUAAUAAACCCAGCACCUGAUGUGUAAGCCCAACGGCAGCUUUGACUGCAGCCACCGGGUGCCAUCCUGGGCUGUGAGGGGCGGGUCCUGAGCAGCAGCUGGGGAGGAGCAGAGAGCCAGCCAGCCUAUCACGAGACACGAGCGGCUUCGCCCGAGUGUCUGCUGCACGACAUUCAGGGCUCCUGCACCCCUGGCCUCUCCUAUGAGCUGUCCCACUGCUUGGGAGAGCUGGAGUCCCAGGGCCUGCGCCCCUCGAGCUGGCCUUCCUGCUGGACCUGACUGCACCCCACACGUGGUGGGCCCCGGGACACACCUGGGAGGCAUCCCUCAGGAUGAGUCCUGGUGUGGGAGCCCACCAUACAGCACAUCGGGCUCAGCCUUCAGGGGCAACCCCACCCAGCCCUCCUCCAGUGACAUCACAGGGCAGGUCCCCCAGCCUCCCGGGCCAGGGCCCAGCGGAGCAACUGGUGGGGCUCAGGCUGAGCUCUGUCUCCUCUGGGUGCACACCCUGGUUUAGGACAAGCUGAGUA